CGUCGAAGGUUAGGCGGAAGUUGCGUGAACAGCAGGCUGUCAGCGGAGCUGCUAGCCGAGAGCUGGUUUGAAAAAAACAAAAGAUAAGUGCAAUUCAUCGUUAAAAAGCGUCGACAACUGCAAGUCACACCAGUUACCACAGCGAAUAUGGACGACGACGUGUUGACGACCCUCAAGCUGUUGAUAAUUGGCGAAAGCGGAGUCGGAAAGUCCAGUCUCCUCUUGAGGUUCACAGAAGAUACCUUCGACCCUGAGCAGCCUGCGACUAUAGGUGUGGAUUUCAAAGUAAAGACACUCUCAAUAGAUGGGAACAAAGCCAAACUCGCCAUAUGGGACACAGCGGGACAGGAAAGGUUUCGCACCCUGACACCCAGCUACUACCGCGGUGCACAGGGAGUCAUUCUUGUUUAUGACGUCACGAAGCGCGAGACCUUCACGAAGCUUGAAAAUUGGCUGAAUGAACUGGAAACCUACACAACACGCAAUGACAUUGUAAAGAUGCUCGUUGGGAACAAAAUAGAUCGGGACGACCAUGAAGUGGACAGAAAUGAAGGGCUGAAAUUUGCUCGAAAACACUCCAUGCUUUUUAUUGAGGCCAGUGCGAAGACAAAGGACGGCGUCCAGUGUGCCUUCGAGGAGCUUGUGGAGAAGAUCCUCCAGACUCCGGGGCUUUGGCAGAGUGAGAGCCACAGUCAGGGGGUCCGUCUGGAUGACCAGGAGCAGGGCAGUGGCCGGGCAUGUGGAGGAUACUGUUCCAUACCCUGAAACCGGACCCCGAGCAAACAAGCGCUAAAGCAACAGGAAUGACUACAGACCAGAAGCAGAGAGAAAGGGGAGUCCGUCGAAUGGACUUGGCUGUCGGCACGCUUCCUUUUUGACCAUCAUCUGUUACUGCUUUCUGUUUAGAACAUGAAUGAAUGAAUGAAUGAAAGGAUCAUGCGAAAAAUACCCUCUUGCCUGAGGAGGUAUAGUGUUUUAAAUCGACUAAAAAAAAACCACCAGGCGUGCGUCACACGAGUGCACGUCUGGUUCAAAUUGCACUUAUUGGCAGCAGUGAUUCUGCUGUGCAUUAAGGCAUCAGGGUAAUAGCGUAGCAGUGCCUAAUUACAUGAACCAAUUUGUAGGUUACAGUACACAGCUUUACAAUUUUACCCCAAAUAGUUUGUUAUAAUCAAGACCGAAGUCCCCAAAAGAGCUCUGCUUAAAAGUGUAAAUGUCUUAUUCGAAUGUUAAAAUGUUGUAGCAGACAUGUGUUUUUAAACAUGCAUAAAUAACACAUUACUAGUGGUGGGAGAAGCUUGUUUUCAUGUGUCUGUCAUAAUGCACCACGACACUAAAUGCUACCACAUAAGACCCCGCUGACCCAUUCCACUUUAUUUUUUACUGUUAAAGCUUCAAAAUGGAGGGAGGCUUUCCAAAUUAAACAGUGUCCUUUUUGUUUUUCUCCUCUCUUCCCAUUUACAUCGAUGUAUGCAAGACGAGUAGCCGUCUGGAAGAUUUCUUGCAACUGAACCCUGCUUUUGUCUUUGCACGUCUCACCUGGACGACGUCUCACUUCGGCCAGCACAAGUACGAGGUUUACAGUAGGAAGUCCUUUACUCACUCUAGUUCACAGCUUUCUUUUGCCUAAGAAAAGCAAGCGGUUUGCACAUUUAGUGUCAGCUCGCCUCGCUGAGCCUGCUCUCUUCCUUGGUUUAUUCAUCGGUUUCUGUGUGCUGCUGUGGUCCAUGUGAUGUCCCCCGUUGGCUUAUUGAGGGCAUUUCUCUCACAUUAUAGUAGAAGAGCUUCCCCAACUUUCAUUUGAUGUGCUGUUGCUAUUUGUUUGAAUUCCUUUUUCUCGUUUGAAAUGACCUCGUUAUUCCUUCACUUCUUUCUGCUGCUUUUGCCGUGCGCCGACUUGAAUCAUAUUCAGCGACUUGUUAAAAUUGAUAUCUGCCUUAACAUUGAAUGACAUGGAGUUGGGUUUAUGGACAGUUGUAUCGUUUCAAACUGAAAUAAAUGAAAACCUCAAGA